GUUAUGUCAUCGCCUUGCGCCGCCCGGAAGUGAUUGUGCCUGCUUCCGGGUCAGCCGGGACGCCCAGGCCUUCCAGAACCAGCCGAGUUAAGCAAACUGAUGAAGAGUCCACCCGGUGACCAUGGCGGUGUUUCACGAUGAGGUGGAGAUCGAGGACUUUCAAUAUGACGAGGACUCGGAGACGUAUUUCUACCCCUGCCCCUGUGGGGAUAAGUUCUCCAUCACCAAGGAAGAUUUGGAGAAUGGAGAAGAUGUGGCAACGUGCCCUAGCUGCUCUCUCAUUAUAAAAGUGAUUUAUGACAAAGAUCAGUUUAUGUGUGGAGAAACAGUCCCAGCACCUUCAGUCAACAAAGAGUUAAUUAAAUGCUGAAGAAGCCCCUGAAACCCAAAUCCUGAGCAGCAGGGAAAGAGCCCAGGUGGCUGGAUCAAGUGUAAACAACCUCUUCACAGGACAGCUGUCUGUGGCUGGCUCUUCCAUGUGGAUCUCCAUCAGCCGCUGAAUUCAUCAUAAACUCAUGAGCCUGUGACGUGUCAGACCUGGAUUUCAUGUUCCCAUGGAAUUGGAAGGAUUCCUAAUUGUCCAUCUGAAUUUGAAGGAAGAGCCUUAUAAACUGGUGCUUCUCCUUUC